UGUAAUUAUAUAAGAUAAAACGGUAGAUAUUUGCCGAGGAUUUCCACAAACCCUCGAUUCUCGCAAACCCAAUUGUUUUCAAUUUCUCCCGACCCGCCACUGGUUCCCAAUUCUCUGCAUCUCUUAGCGAGAAGAAACGAUGAAAGGAAGGAAUUCUGGGAAUUUUUCGAACCCAUGUUUGACGAUGCAUCAGCCAUGGGCUUCUCUGCUGGUCUAUGGAAUCAAACGCAUCGAGGGCAGGUCCUGGUCUGCUCCCCUCAGAGGUCGUCUUUGGAUUCAUGCUGCAAGUAAGGUUCCUGAGGACUCUACGAUCAAAGCAAUGGAGGAUUUCUAUAGAGAAGUUUAUGCUCUGGAUGGAAUUACUGAUCUUAAGUUUCCAGAACAUUAUCCUGUUUCAAGGCUUUUAGGUUGUGUUGAAGUGGUUGGCUGUGUUCAUGGUGAUGAACUGCAAAGUUGGGAUAAAGUACCUGAAGGGGUUAGACUAGAAGCACAAACUGAUUUCUGCUGGCUCUGUGAACAACCACAGAAAUUACUGAUUCCGUUCGAGAUGCGUGGUUACCAACGAGUUUAUAACUUAGAAAAGAAGAUAUUUGAAGCAGCUGUUAGAGGUCUCAUCCAUGUUAAAUCCCCACUGCCUGUGAAGUUUCAACUUCCAGAUCCUAGAGAUCCAUUUUCCUUGAAGCCAGGAUCCGUCUCUUCACGUUCUCCCGAGACUAUAGGAUCUGGACCCGACGUGGAGAAGUCAUCUAAACUCGAUGCUGUCAUAGCUGGUGCUCGAGCAGCUGCUACUCAGUUUUCGAAAGAGUAUCAGGACCCCCAAGCUUCUAUCCAUGACAAUACUUCUAAUUUUGGAAGAGCAGGGAAAUCCAGAACGGACGAGGCUCAAUCUACCAACUUUCGUCAAGACGAGGCUCCACGAGCUAAUAUCGAGGAACAAACUAGUAGCUACCACACUCGAUCUAAGGCACUUUUCACACAACCACAGCAGCAAAAUGGAGCUCCUUCUAAGAUCUUUGCCGCUGCAUUGAGAGGACUGAGACCGACAUGAAUGUUGAUCGAUUCAAUUGCAGAGAAGAUUCGUACAUAGAAAAGCAGGGCAUGUGAAAACUGACUUCUAUUAAGUAGUUUUACGAUUGUUUUCGAUUAGUUCCUUGCCACGGAGUUUCGAUUAUUAGUGUUGUAAUAUAGAAUGAUUCUGUGAAGAACUAAGAGUCAAGGAUUCAAUAUUAUCGGAGCUUGAUUCUUAGUUUAUGUAA